AUGACUGCACAGUGCCGAGCGUCGUGUCAAGACGACGAGACAGAAAUAUGUGACUAUAGAGAUUUUGCCUUACCCUGUGGUAAUUCUGAUGACAAAUUAGGAUGCAAGGCGUGCGCUAAUAAUGACGCUCUGGACUAUGCCGGUACCAAUUACGAUAUAUGUCCAUGGUUUUGUCACACUGAAUGUGAAUUGAUUGGAGGCGUGUGCAGGCACGAAUGUGAAAUGGGGGAGCACGUCGGACUAAAACCAGAAACCUGUCCAUUUCCCAAAUACUGCAAUUGUUGCAAAUUGGACCCCAAACCAACACUAUCGCCACGACCAACAGGGAGUGCCAGUGACAAGGGUGACCCACAAAUUCAUACAUUCGACGGCUUUCAUUAUAUGUAUAAUGGCCAUAGUGAUUGUGAGUACGUAUUAUUUGAAGAGUGCGUACCUCGUCCAUCAUUCACUGUUUUGAUCCGACACCAUUAUCUCAAAGAAGCUAUGAAAAUGGUGGUUUCCGAAGUUUCGGUUGUUAAUGGGGACCGUGUUACCUUGAUUGAAGACAGGCUUUACAUAAAUGGCAAAAUCCAUAACAUUCUGACUCCACUGAUACUCGGAAAUCUGACAGUGACACGAGAUAAUGCGGGAUACCUGAGAGCAAAACUGGAUUCAAAAUUUACAUUGACAUGGAACGGCAAAGGACGCGUUGCUCCUGUUUUAAACAAAUCUAUGUUUGGAAAAGUUUGUGGCAUGUUGGGAAAUGCUGACGGGGAUCCGUCUAAUGAUAUGCAGAUACCGAUGCCAGAUGGGACACUGAAAUUAGUUGCUGAGUCUGAUGAAUUUGGAGACAAAUGGAUUGUGCCAGGAAGGUAA